AUGGAGGCCAAGGUCCGGCCGAGCCGGCGCUCGCGCGCCCAGCGGGACCGCGGCCGGCGCCGGGAGGCCGCCCGCGACGCCCGUGCGCAGAGCCCGUCGUCGGGCGACGAGCCGGAGCCCAGCCCCGGCAAGGAGAACGCGGGUCUCCGCGGCGCGCCGGCCCCGCGCCCCGCGCCCCGCGCCGCGCGGCCCCCGAGGCGGCGACGCCGAGAAUCCAGCUCGCAGGAGGAGGAGGUCAUCGACGGCUUCGCCAUCGCCAGCUUCAGCACGCUGGAGGCCCUGGAGAAGGAUAUGGCCCUGAAGCCACACGAGCGGAAAGAGAGGUGGGAGCGUCGCCUCAUCAAGAAACCCCGGGAGUUGGAAAGCUGCCCAUCUGCAGAGCCCAGCGAGAACAGGCAGUCCCUGGAGAUGGGCAGCCCAGGGCAGGACUUGGAUCCUCAGUGUGAUGAAGGGGCCAGGAAGGUUCCACUACAGCCCUCCAAGCAGGUGUGCUCCCCAGAAGGGGGGCCGCUCCCAGCCAGCCCUUGGCAUCAGAACAGUCCGGCCCAGCAACAGCAACAGCGCCAGCCCAGCCAGCCCAGCCAGCCCCAGGGGCCCCUCCCAGCCCCGUGUCAGCGCUGCCAGCCCCGUCGGGCAUCCCCGGACCCUGGGGAACCCUGCCAGCCACAACAGCCACCCCUGGGUCAGCACAGCUGGCCCCAGCGCUCACUUCUAGGCCUGAAACAGCCUGGCCAGCCCCGGCGGUCUCUUCUGGGCCCCGGUCAGCACUGCCGGCCCCAGCGCCUGGUUCCAGCCCCAGAUCUGCUCUGCCAGGACCAGCAUUCACGCCUGGCACAGCCCUGCAGGCCCCUCUGGGCCCUCCCAGGCCCUAGGCUACGCAGCCAGCGCCUGCGGUCCCUGUCUGCUCCCGGGCACCGCUGCCGUCCACUGCGGUCCCUGCUGACCACCUGUCACCUCUGCCGCCCACUGCGGUCCCUGUUGCCUCCCUGUCACCCUUGCCGGCCCCAGAUGGCCGAGUGGCAUUGCUGCCGGCCUCUGCGGGCCCCAGUGGCCCAGUGCCGGCAGUGCCGGCCAUCACAGUCACUCUUCAUCAUGCACCCAUGCCACCAACCUGCCAGAUCCUUUGUCGGCCAGUGCUGCUGCCCCCGGCAGGCACUUCUAGCCCAUCGUCGGCAUAGCCAGCCCCAGAGGUCCCUCCUUGGCCACCCCCACCCCCCCCAGCCGUCACUGCUGAGCCUCAGACAGCCCCAGCAAUCAGUUGAAGGCCCAGAGCAGACUAUCCCUCCCAAACCUUCCCUAAUGGGCCCCAGACAGUCACACCAACAGAAACGACCCCUCCUGAGCCCAGAGCAGCCCCAGACGCCCAAGCGGCCACUCAUGGGCUCAGAGAAUCCCUGCCAGCCCUUGCGCUGUCUUCUGGGCCCAGGCCAGCCCCGAAAACCACAGCCAUUGCUUCCCAUCCCUGAUCGCCCUUCGCUUCUAGGACAGCCAGGCCUGUCCCGUCAGCCUCUCCUGAGACCCCUGUGCCAGCCAAGGCGGCAGUCCUUGCUAGACCUGGUGCCCACCCGUCAGUCCCAGCCUUCACUCCUGACUCUGGGCCAUCCCUGUCGGCCCCUGAGGUCUCGGUGGACUCGAUACUCUGCCCCAGGGGUGGUCCGCCAUGCUCCAUCUGUAAGCCCUGGAGCCUGAUGCCCACAGGUACUUCCCUGGAUGAAUUUUGCAGGCCACCUUGGGUGAACCUUGUUCAUGGGGUCCUUAGGGCCAGCGUCCCUAGCCCUGCAGGCUAGAGAUGCUUUGCUGGACUGACCUGAGGCAAGGACCCCAGCUGUGCCAAUCAGGAGAGAGGAGAUGUAUCCAGAAUCUUACCACCCCCACCGCCACCACAUGUCAGGGCCUCUUGGUGUCACCGUUUCCCCGUGUGUGUUGCUUUGUGAUAUACACCCUCUGGGAAAGGACACACAGCCACCCUCAGGGCUGGAAGCCCAUUGAGCCCCUCAACAACUCUCUGUGCCUCUAAACUGCUAACACUGUCUCUGCAUCUCUUGAGUCUUCAUAUGUGUGUAGGUAUGCAGGUAUGCGUGUGUGUGUCUGUGUGGUGUACCAGGGCAUGUUGACAUGUGUGAUGGGCGAGUCAGCCCAGGACUCACUUGUCUGGGCCCACUCUUUCUGGCCUCUGCACCCUCUGCCUCCACGUAGAAUAGCCUAGGUGAACUGGCCAACAGGUGAGCUCUGAGGACCAGGUUUCAGGCCACAGUGCUCUUCUGGCACCUGCCUGAGGAGGGUUCUCCAACUGCAAGAUGGGCGGGACCAGGUCUGCCUCUUGGGGGGCUGCCUUGGCCCAGUGGGGCAACAGUAGAGCAGCUGCCGGAAUCUUCAGGGCAAGUUCCACUCUCUCCAGACCUCGUCCUUGGCUGUGUUUGGUUCUGUUCUUGGCUGCCCUCUUUCAGACUGGCCUUACCUGUAAAGGUUGCUCCUCAAAAGACUGUCCUAUACCUGCCUGUUCACAGCCUGCCACCUGUAGUGAGGGUUACCUACUCCUGCCCAGAGCCCUCCCCUGCCCCAGAGCUCCACUCAGGUCUCCUGGAGUCUGCAAGGGUGUGCUCAAGAGGAGCUGGUGUCCAGAGGAUGGGGGGCCUUCCUGAGACUCCCCAGGCCCUGCGGGAGCCCACAACGUGCUGUUGACAGGCAGAAGACUAGGGAUCCCCGGUUCUGUGCCCGUGCACUGCUAACGCUCAGCUUUUCCCUUCCCUACUUGUGAGGACGCUAGGCCCUGCAGCCUGGCCCCAUCCCCCAGCCCUGGCAGCUCUGAGCCUUGCCCACCCUGGCUAGGUCCCCUUUCUGGUGCUCACCUAAGGCCUCCAUCCCAUGAAUUCAGGGCUUGUUUUUUUGAUUAAAGAGAAUAAAAAGUGCCAUGUGAUUAUUUUUAA